UGGUGGGGGGCAUUGGCUGGGACGUAGCGGCAGUGGCUGGGGACGCAGCCGCACAUGCCCCGCCGCUUCAUUCCAUUCUGAGAGCCCAGUUCGCCCAGAGAGGAACUGCACGCUCGCUCGCCCGCUGGAGAGGCACGACUGACUUAGCGGCUCUUACUGCCUAGCCUGCGAGGCUCUUCCAGCGCACGGGCGUCUAGCAAACUUUUUUUUUUUCUUUUCCUCCAGCCCACGUGUUUUUGAGCAGGCUGCCCUGCCUGACACCGGGAUGCAGCAUUAUGCCUGAGAGUCCUCGUGCUGCUUGGUCCUCUGUGAAGAUUCCCAGGACGGAGAUGCUGUUGGACUUCAGGGUUUUUGACUCCGCUCUGUAGUAGCGCCUGCCUGACUGUUGGAACCCCUUCCCACCGGCUCGCAACGAUUCACUGUCUCUACUCCAGCUCGCUAGCGGUGCCGGGCUCCUCUGAUGACCCCUCCUGUUCUCGGACUUUGAGAGGAGUGUCUCCCCCCAACCCAACCGCCCAGAUGCAGUUUCGCCUCUUCUCUUUUGCCCUUAUCAUCCUGAAUUGCAUGGAUUACGGUCACUGCCAAGCCAACCGCUGGAGACGCAGUAAGCGAGCUAGCUACAUAUCAAAUCCAAUUUGCAAAGGUUGUUUGUCUUGUUCAAAGGAUAAUGGAUGCAGCAGGUGCCAACAAAAGCUAUUCUUCUUUCUUCGAAGAGAAGGAAUGAGGCAAUAUGGAGAGUGCUUACAUUCAUGCCCAUCAGGGUAUUAUGGACAUAGAGCACCAGACAUGAACAGAUGUGCAAGAUGCAGAAUAGAAAACUGUGACUCUUGCUUUAGCAAAGACUUUUGUACGAAGUGCAAAGCAGGCUUUUACUUGCAUAGAGGCCGCUGCUUUCAUGAGUGUCCUGAUGGUUUUGCAUCAUUAGAUGAAACCAUGGAAUGUGUGGAAGGAUGUGAAGUGGGUCCCUGGAGUGAGUGGGGAACUUGUAGCAGAAACAACCGAACAUGUGGAUUUAAAUGGGGUUUGGAAACAAGAACACGGCAAAUCGUUAAGAAGCCAGCAAAAGACACAAUACCAUGUCCAACCAUUGCUGAAUCUAGAAGGUGUAAAAUGGCCAUGAGACAUUGUCCAGGAGGGAAGAGAACUCCAAAGACGAAGGACAAGAAGAACAAGAAGAAGAAAAGGAAGUUAAUAGAAAGAGCACAGGAGCAACACAGUGUCUUCCUUGCUACAGACAGAGCAAGCCAAUAAAAAAAAGGACAGUUUUUCUUUUUUUUUUUUUCCUUUUCUGUUUUUUGGUGGAUUUUUGUUUUGUUUAGUUUUUGUUUUGCAGAAGUGCACAAAGCUGCUCUCUCUUCGCUCGGCUCCUGCACACACCCGGGCACCGCCUUUAUGCUGCUUUGACAGUAUUGGUUGCAAGUAAGCUGUGACAGUGAAAGAAACCCACAAGUUUGGAGAGCUGGGGGUGGGGUGGGGGUGUUAUUUAUACUUUAAUUUUAAGCGGGAGCCUGCGGAGAUAGGAGCUCACUGAGGGUGCAUCAGUGAGAGCAGGUGCAGAAGAAGCCGAAUGAAGACGUUAUUAUUCCUUCAAUGUCAGUGAGGGCAAGAGCCCAGGUGCCAGGCAGCGUGGAAGUCCUGUGGGCAGUGGGCUGCGAGGCACAAACACAUGCAUAGACAGACAAUGGACUUGUGCAUAUUUAUGUGAAAGAAGAUACUUGGAGGUAGAAGUGUUAUUUCAUUUUUGACCUUUGUUUUGCAUCUUGUGCAUUUUCCAGAGGUAAAUGUAUAUGAAUAUCUACUUAGUGUUAACCUAUGUUGUUCUCAGCAUCUGUUACCUUGAAACACUUGUAUAGUAGAGCUGCUUUAAGCUGAUGAUAUGCUCCAGGAAUUACUGCAUCGUUUCAUGGGCAUUCAGAUGUGUACAUAUUAUGCUGAGUCUAAUAUCUACUUAUUUACUGUAUAUUUAUACUUUCUUAUGUAUAACAAAGUAUACCUGCUUAAUGUUCUGUCAUUUCCUUUCUAGUGGUUUCUAUAUGCAUCUUCUAGCAAAUGCUUUUUCCCCCUUCCCCUAGUUUUUGAACAUCUUUUCUAUGUUUUGUUGCCCCUUGAAAUAUCUGGAGUUUUGUUUCCCAUCAGAAGGCUAGGAUCAACUGGUGUGUUGUCCAAUGACCAGUGUCAAGGAUUUUCAAUAUGUGCCUAAUCUUCCUGACCCACCCUUUAAAUAGCGCAAGGCAUCUGGCAAUCACAGGCAAAAAACCCAGUUAUUUCUCCCCUUUAGGAACCUCUCUUUAAGUUUUAGGUCUGUUAUGACUCCUUUGUGAAACGCAACUGGAGCAUGGGAAACUGCAUGCACUAACUCCAAUUUCCAGACAUGCAACUUCACAAAUAAAGACAGGUGGGGGGUGGGGAAAUACUUUUUCUUUCUUUCUUUCUUUUUUUCUAAUAGAAGCAAUCUCAGGCCUGGCAUGAGGUACUUUUACAAGAUUGACUCCAAUCACCAUAGCAGACCUUUUAAGUUAUCAUCCUCAGGCCACCAGUGAAAUUUGGGGACAAUGGUGAUCUAAUUGUGGACACUGCUGGUCAGGUCACAAAUCCUAGCAAGUUUUGGGGAAGCUGAACGUGUCAUUUCAAACCUGGGACUCUGAGUCUGUUAGGAGAUUCCCAAAGGUAAUUGAAUGCUCACUUUGUUGUGGAUUUCUAUGCUUCAGACUUUAGAAAUAAUAGCCCCCUCGCAUCCUAACCCAACGUAGAAGAUCAGAACAUAAAUAGAACAUUCGCAUAUAUUGAGGAAAACCUAGAGGAGGGAACCGCUAUUCUCUCCCCAGCCCUCACCUUUGUAUUGGCAAAACUACCUCUUUAGAAUUUACAAAUUACUCACUGUGGGGUCUUUGUUGUUGUUGUUUCUGUUAUACAUCAAAUAACUCUGAAAUAACACCUUACCAAUAAGAAUAAGAGUAAAUAUAAUAUCCAUCUUUAAGUAUCACAGAAUAUUAUUGCUGUGAGAUAAGCCAUAUAUGAAUGUUGUAUAAAACUUUGGGAUACUCAUCAAAUCCUAAGGUCCUCGCCUCCUUUCACAUUUAUUUAGCGUAUGUUCCUGUUUAGUGGUAGGGGAGGAAACACCCUAUAUACUUGCAAUGCUUUGUUGUUAAUGAGACCAAUAAUUGUUCUGUUUUUGGGAUGUUCUUUUAUGCAUUAAAUCACUUCAAAAAUA